GACAAUCACUGAGAAAGAACCUCGUUCUCGGCAACUCAAACUCCCAGCAGAUCAUCUUUCACAGAUAACGUGGCAGCAGGGGAUAAUGGAUUUUGGCAUGGUGAUGGUCUUUGCUCUGCUGCAGGUCAGUCUACAGCCAGCUGAAGUGGAUUCCAGUCUAUCCAUUCCAGCAGAAGACACUUCAAUGACUGAAAGAGCUGAGUCCUCUCAUCUUCAUCAUAUUCUUCCUCGCACUGUGACAGAGUUCCAGAACUUCUUGGAAUGGACAGAAGCAAAGCUACCUACGGAUGUGCCUAAGGAUGCAGUUACUCUCUUUGACAAGAAAUCAAAGCAAACUUAUUAUGCUGCUAGGUUUGAAGACUGUAAACCUUGCUUCUAUGACAGAGCUCAAAAAACAUGUUGGGAUAUUAAAUCUUAUGGGGAAUUCAAAACAGGAAGCGCUGUCCCAAAUCAAAAAGUUUCAUUUCUAGUGAAUAAGGAUAACUUUGAAUUACUUGAGUGGAAGAAAUCUUCAUAUGGAGAGAUUCCACCUUUGGCAGUGGAGACUUGUAAUGGUUACUUUAUUGCUAGAGAUGAUUUGGGGUUAGGCUAUAUGACUCAGAACAGUUUAAUGAUGCUUGGCAAUAAAAAACAGGACACCACAGAAAAUGAGGUUUUCACCCUAAACCAUGAUAUUAAAGGGCAGCAUUUAACCAUUAUCGAGUAUAAUACUAACAAAGCAGAGACAUCCCAAAACGAACAAAUACUGAAACAUUUCACAGCAGCCAACAGGAACUGUGAUCCAGCCAAACAUCAGGUGAAGCUGGACCAAGGCAUCGAUAAAACGGUUUCUUUCCUAAAGAGCCGUACACAUACGUUUGGUGGGACAGGAGAGAUAUCGGUCAGUGGUAAGGUUCCACUUCUUGCAAGUAUGGGAGGAAAGCUGGGCUUGAAAUAUGACUAUAGCCGCCUCAAUUCUAAGACAACAUCCAUAGUUGAGAAAAGCCUGCAUUCAGUGAGUAUAGAAGUGCAGGUUCCUCCCAACCACAUUUGCAGCAUCGACAUUAAAAGCAAUACCUUCACAGCUGAUGUCCCGUACACUGGCCAGGUCACUAGAAUAUACAACAACAAUGAAAUACGCAGAACCUUGAUCAAUGACAUCUAUAGUCACCAGGAAAUAGCAGAAAUCCAAGCACUUGUGAAUCCCUGCACUCCACUUUCAGAUGGAAAGAAAUGUUCUCUGUAA